AUGUUAGAUGUAACAACUUCAUCUUAUCAAUACAAUUUAACACAUCCAUACACUACUAAUAUUAUUACUACUAAUCCAACAACAACAUCACCAAUAUCAACAGUAAAAACAUGUAUUUCAAUGAAUGAUACUUCUGAAAAAUCAAUUAGUUUACAAUGUUCUAAAUUUAUUACACGUUGGAUAACACAAUGUCCAUUUCAAUGGAAUAUAAAAUCAUCAAAUCAACAAAAAACUAUAAUAAAUAAUAAUAAUAAUUGGCAAACAACAACAUCAACAACUAUCAUUUCUAAUAAUCCUAUUGAUCCUAUAUAUACACAAUCCAGAUAUCAACAAGAUCUAUUAAAUCCAAUCAACAAAACAAUUCAAACUACUAAUAAUGAUGAAAAUAUUCAUGAAUUUAUUGAAGAAUGUGUUAUACCUGUACCUGUAUUUAAUUUAUUUCUAUAUUUAGCACAAGAAGGUGUUUAUGCAAGAGAUUUAUUUCGACGACCUGGUAAUAUUGCUCAAAUUAAAGUAAGUAGUAUUGUUUAA